AUGUCGGCUGCUAUUAGACGGGUAACAACAGAGUCUAGUGAAUUUGGCACAUUACCGUCCAUGUAUCAGUUGAUCUAUCCUGAUCCGAGCAAUAUUCUUCAAUUCAUACUAACUAUCACUCCUGACGAUGGCUAUUACAAAGGUGGUCGCUUCACAUUUUCAUUCACUAUUGGACCGGAAUAUCCAUAUUCACCGCCCAAUGUUAAAUGUAAACAAAAGAUCUACCAUCCAAAUAUCGACCUCGAAGGCAACGUUUGUUUGAAUAUUUUGAGGGAAGACUGGAACCCGGUGUUAAGUAUUACGUCGGUCAUUUUUGGUCUAGCUUUUCUCUUCUCGGAUCCAAAUCCAUAUGACCCUUUAAACAAAGAAGCGGCUGACGUACUCAAAUCGAAUGCGAGCACAUUCGAAGCUCAUGUACAAAAAACCAUGGCUGGCGGAACGUUAAAUGGAAUCCACUUUGAUUGUUUUUCUUCAAAUGGUACACUUGUUGCUCAAAUCCAUAAUGGAACAACAAUAUUAUCUGUCAUUGCAUCCACUCUUAUUCCUCUCUCAUCACCAUUCUGGACUCAUAUCGUCCAAACAUGGAAUUCAACAAAUGGUCUUUGUCUCUAUAUUGACAAUAUUCUAGUUGCUUCUCUAUCAUCAGCAACAACAUUUUGA